AUGACGGUUCGUCUAUCACGGAUCCAGCUGGCCCUGUUCUUUAUCUUGCUCUGUCCGGUCAAUAUCAUCGGACUCUGGUGGGCGGUGGGCAGUCCGCUGGUAAUGGACCCCAACAGCAUUUGCAGGAAGGCGAAGCGUCUGGCGGGGAAGCAGGCCGAGCUGUGCCAGACUCAGCCAGAGAUCGUCAGUGAGGUGGCCAAAGGAGCCAGGCUGGGUGUCAGGGAGUGCCAGUUCCAGUUCAGGUAUCGCCGGUGGAACUGCACUAGCCACAACAAGUAUUUUGGCAAAAUACUGCAGCAAGACAUCAGGGAGACGGCGUUUGUUUAUGCCAUCACGGCGGCCGGUGUGACCCAUGCCGUGACCCAGGCCUGCAGCAUGGGAGACCUCUUGCUGUGUGGCUGUGAGGCGACCAGGAACAGAGCACCUCCGAGGCCCUCCUCAUCCUCCCCCGCCGGAGACGAAGUCAAGUGGGAGUGGGGCGGCUGCGGAGAUGAUGUAGAGUUUGGUUAUGAAAAGUCGAAGCAGUUUAUGGAUGCCAAGAGAAGAAGAGGCAAGAGUGACAUCAGGACGCUCAUUGACCUGCACAACAACGAGGCUGGGCGGCUGGCGGUGAAGCUCUACAUGCGGACAGAGUGCAAGUGCCACGGUCUGUCGGGGUCGUGCACCUUGCGCACGUGCUGGAAAAAGAUGCCUCAUUUCCGCGAGGUGGGUGACCGCCUGCUGGAGCGCUUCAAUGGCGCUUCCAAGGUGAUGGGCGGCAAUGACGGCAAGACCCUGAUCCCUGUCGGCCAGAACAUUAAGCCGCCAGACAAGCAGGAUCUGAUCUACUCUGACGAGUCGCCCGAUUUCUGCCUUGCAAAUCGGAAAACUGGCUCACUUGGGACACGGGGGCGCAUGUGCAACAGCACAGCCAUGGACAUCAGCGGCUGCGACCUGCUGUGCUGCGAACGCGGCUACCGGGAGGAAACAGUGGUGCUGGAGGAGAACUGCCUGUGUCGUUUCCACUGGUGUUGUGUGGUCCAGUGCAAGAAGUGCUUGGUCCGAAAAGAGCUUAGUCUCUGUCACUGAGGAAUUGAGGUUGAGCUUGCUUACUUCUGUUACAUUUGGAGGUGUGUUGCUUUAGUUUGGCUGGUGCGAAACAAGGAAAGGAUUUGAAUUUUCAUCGUGAUCCUUUUGUUUCUGUUUUUGCACCAGUCACAUUCAGAUAGUGCCCCGAACAUGUUUUUAUAGUAUUUGAUCAUAGUUCUGACUUUUUGACUGAGAUAAGAGGUUCUGACAAAGGGUGCGUUAACAUGGAAACAAAGGCAGGGGGACUAAAGGAAGUCAAAUAGAGAAUAUAUUUGUGUUUGAGCUACCUAUUUUUCUUUUUCUUGUUUAUGAAAAAGGACCAAAGAAUGUCAAAAUAUGUAUUUUUUAUCAAAUGAAAGAGGAGGCUCCUUGGUGUCAAUUCCACCACCACACAGCUUGAUGUUAGCUGCCAGUAAAAACCAAAGAGUUUCAAACUUCACCUUGUGCACCUGAUUUGAUUAUGGAAUUUCCAUAACUGUCCUCCUAGAUUAAUUCCUGUAGCUACACCUGUCCAACUUCCCAUUCUCACAUUGUACAUAUGCAGUUUGAAAUAACAGCCGAAGAUUUAGCCCUUAUUUUUGCAACAAUGGGUCCUUGAUUUCAGACAGAAGAAGACAAAGUCAGGCUUCAGUUUUGUUGGGUAAAGUUGCAAUUGUCACUGGCAGCUUUUAUCAGGUGGAGCUGAUGAGCAAGUUGAAAGUGCAGCCUCCGAAUGACUAGUUUAA